AUGUCCUUAGCAUCGCUACGUCACGCACGGGCACUUCUACCGCAGCCGGUUAGGACACUGACGACGGGCAGCGCCCUGCACAAGGACGAAUCGUCAUGGCUGAGCAAGCUGAUGGUUCGCAAGAUCGAACCGACGAAAAACUCCCACAGCCGGAUGCUAAGCGAGAAGUUCGAAAUCUACGAGCUGCACACGCACAAUGUUCGCCCGGAUUCGGUCGGAAAGUAUCUGGAAAAUUACAAAAACUCGGUCCAAAUCGUACAAUCAAAGGGAAACCUAUCGAUGGAACUGAUCGGCUCGUGGAAUGUGGAGGUGGGCGAUCUAGACCAAUGUCUCCACCUGUGGCGCUAUACCGGUGGUUUCGAGAUGGUUGAUCAAGCAAAGCGUGAGCUGAGCAGUGAUAAGAGCUACGUGCAAUUGAUGCAGGAACGAGGCACAUUUCUGCGAUCCCGGCAUUUGCAGUAUCUGCUCGCAUUCAGCUACUGGCCCCAGUUGCAGCUGCGCGAAGGCAAAAAUAUCUACGAAAUUCGUUCCUACCGGUUGAAGCCGGGCACCAUGAUCGAGUGGGGCAACAAUUGGGCCCGGGCCAUCAACCAUCGUCAAAACAACAACGAAGCGUUUGCCGGGUACUUCUCGCAAAUCGGACGCUUGUACAACGUUCAUCACAUUUGGUGUUAUAAGGAUUUGCAGGGAAGAAAGGAAACGCGAGAAUCGGCUUGGCGAUCGCCCGGCUGGGACGAAUGUGUUGCCUACACUGUGCCACUGAUCCGCGAAAUGCACUGCCGCAUUUUGGCCCCGACGGAGUUCUCGCCGACCCAGUAG